CCCCCAACUGCUGCCGCCCCUCUCUUCUAACAGCAGCAGCAACACUUCUCCUUCCUCAAACCAACACACUCAACAGCAGCAGAUUUUCCCCUUUCCCCAACAGCUUGCAACACUCAUGGCUUCCCAUUGCCAUGAAAGAAACCGAAAUUAGAAGCAGAGGAUGGAGAGGGAGUCAGAGUCGCGCGUCAGGGGAAGAGAAGAGGGAGAGGCGAGCCAGCAGCGGUGGGCCUCGCCGUCGCCGCCCUGCUGCUCGCCGUUCGCCACCAACGUCGAAGAAGAAGGAGAUCAGAAUCGGAAGUGAAGAGGGUCGCGUUUCACGCCGUGCAGUCGCGUUGCCCUCACCGCGUCGUGUCGCCGCGCCGUCAAUCGUCCUCACCGCACCCCACAACGAGCUGCGUUCCCUAGCCACCCGUUGCAUCCUCCCUGUGCCGUUCUUCACGCCAUUGCGUUCCUUCGUCGCCGCCGCCGUUGACAGAAGAGGGAGUUUGAUCCGAGAGCGCAGUGAGGGAAGGGCGUCGCCGGAGGAGAGCCUGGCACCGCCGCCGCCACUGUUCGCCGCGCCGUCAUCUCUAGCCUGCGCCGUUGCUAGUCGCGCGAGGGGGAGACGCGCCGUGAGGGAGAUCCGUCACGUUUCUGCCGUCGCCGAUUCACACGCCGCCGUUGUGCUCCUUGCCGCAGCGCCGCUGCUGGAAGAGGAGAGCUCGCCAGUUCUGUCUCUCACUACCGUCUCCGUCGGAGCUGCCGCCACGGUCGCCGGAGCUUCUGGCCGAGCCUCAACCGCCGGGAAACCGUUACUGGAGCCUGUGUCAUUUGGAUUUCAUCGCGAGUUACCUCCACCAGAAACCACCGCUGUGAUUCUGAUCACCGGGGAUGACUCUGUGACUUUCGGGAUCACCGCUGAAGCUCCAGGCAGAGUUUCUGCCGCUUGAGACCUUGCUGUUGUCGCCGGAAAAUUUUGCCGGUAAGCGUUUUAAGUUUGAUUUCAGUUCUUUUGGAAUUUCGAGAAGGUUUGAUGCUGUGUGGUUUUUAUAGUUGAUCCACCGGAGCUUCUGGCCGCCGCCGGAGCUGUGCCGGGGCCGGUUCGAAUCCGCAGCUGCUUCGUGUUGUUAUUCCGAGUUGUUUAUGCUGCUGCAAAAAUGUGUGGGGUUGUGCUUUGAAGCUGCCUUUGAUUUUGAGUUGAGGCGGAAAGGACUUGAUGAUACGUUUGGGUUAUGGAAUUUUGCGUUUUGAGGUAGGGGCGCUUUCCAAAAAACUAUGUUUUGUGUAUUGGAAUUAUUACAUAUGGAUACUGAUGUGAGAUAUUGUGUAUUUAGUGAUU